AUGGAGGACGCAUCAGGUCCACUCACCGUCGCUGCCCAGGUGCAGUCUUUGGCCCCUGACCAGUCAACCCGCGUCAGACGCAUCAGUUUCACCGACUUCCCUGCAGAAGUCAAGAAUCUGAUCUACUACUACCUUUGUCGUGACCGCACCAAGAGAGCUAUCAACUUGUGCGUCCUGAGCCCUGCCUGGAAGAGUCCUUCACCCCCUACCGCCCUCAUGAACACCUGCUCGUCCAUCGCAUCCAGAUUGAUGCCUGUCUACUUCAGCAACUGCCUGUUCACCAUUGACACCACUCACAAAGCCAAUGCUCAACUUCUUACCGGAGCAUUCGAGUGGCUCAAGAAUGUCGGAGACAAGAGCAGUGCCCACUUCCGUCGCUUGCAUGUCAUCCAUGAAUUCAUCCUGCCUCCUAGACCUCAGGAUAAUUUCGCUACUGAUCCCUACGAAGUCAUGAUCAGCAUCACCGACGAAGAGCAGAUCAUCAUCGAAGAGAUCAGGGGCCCCUCCAAGUGUCUCAGAGAGAUGGACCUGCGCCCUUCGUUUAGGAGACUGUAUUUGCGCCUCGACAAACAGCUGACUGACGACCUCGUCGAGAUGCUCACCCACCGCAUUUACAACAAUCAGACUGCAGGCAUGGGUGUGACCGAGUUUGAGAUCAUCCUGGAGCGCAUCAGCUUCCACGUGUCCAGGUUCAAGAAGGCUCGCGAGGACUUGCAAAGAGAGGAAUUGGAGAAUACUCCGACUGAAAUAGGCGCCGAGAACAAAGAAGAAGGGUUUCUCGUCACAGCUCUCCGCUUCUUAGACCUCUAUCACAAUGCACAAUCUUAUCUCGCACAGACGCACUUCCACUGA